AUGGCAGAAUCCUACCCACAGCAGAAAAUCUCCAAAAGGAAAGGAAAUCCAGGAGAGCUAGGAGAGUCGAGCAGAGGCCAGAUUGGGCCAAUCCCCACCCCUGAGGAAGAGACGUCGAUCAUAGUGGCUUCGUUAGUCCACGUACUAUACGGCGGUGGGGGUGGCAACGAGCCCACAUUUCCUUUGCUUACGGAAAGUACUUCCACUCCAAGUCACACCGAGCAGAGUCAGGCCCUGCUAGUCGCAAGCACGGACCAAUGCCGAUUGUGCGGUGUCGAGGGCUGCUUGGGUUGUGAAUACUUUACUUCUCCAGCAGAACAGGAAAAGGUUGAGAAGAAGAAGUAUCGAGGAGUUCGACAGAGGCCGUGGGGAAAAUGGGUGGCUGAGAUUAGGAACCGUAGCAAAGGGGCCAGAGACUGGCUUGGGACGUUUGAAACGGCAGAGGAUGCUGCUCGAGCUUACGAUAAAGCUGCCAUCAGGUUACAUGGGGCUCGUGCCAAGCUUAAUUUCCCUUUACCUGAAGGGUCUCUUGAUGACCGCAGUGGGCAUAAGGAAGAGCAAGAGCCGCAGCAGCAGGAGGAGCAGUUCAAUCUCUUGGGCCAUAUUAGUCCGGACCCACCUGAUGCAGCAAUUGGAAAACGGGCAGAGUGAUUUGUAUGGGACACUUUCAGGGCGACAUGAUUUGGAGACUGGACCGUGAUGGACGGCUAUGAUUCCCCUGAUGAGACUGCUUGAACUAGUGCUUUUUCAACUAUCAACUGGAACUACACCUGUGGUGUUAUAACCAUCUCAGGUGAAUAAAAAAUAAAAAAUAAAAACUGCAACCACGCCGAGAACUGCCGUUGAUCCUUCCCCGUGAAAGCCAUUCACUCUACUGUUAGGUUGAUUGAGUCUCCUGAUGCGUUCUUUCUUUCUUUUUUCGAAUUCUUCUUCUUCUUGAAUUUUUUUUCCCAUCCCUCUGGUAAAUUGAUGAGUUAUUUUAUUUUAGAGAUUUAUUUAAUUAUUUUUCUUUUCAUUUUGGUAAACUAAAGCAUGAAUUCACGAGUGAUCCUACUAGAGUCAGGCAAGUGUUACUACUAGAAGGCCUGACUACUAUGGUCUGGCAAGAGUUUGCUACUAUCGUGGGGUGAACAACUUCAUGGUGCAUAAGAUCCACACCGUCCAUCAAGUGCCGCCUUUU